AUGGCGCCCUCCUUACGACAUCCAUUGGUGUUCUUUUCCUUGUUUCUCAUUAUUCCCGACUUUACAUCGCGCGAGUUUCUGUUAGAUCUCCAAGAUGGCCUUCUAAAUCAUCUCCCCAGCUCAGCCUCGUCUUUCUCUCACGAGACAGACACCAUAGAUCCCCAACGGUCUUCGUCCCCUCCUGUUAACCCUUUCCCCUUUACCCCUUCAGAGUCUCCUGUCCCAGGACCUCUGAACUUGAACAACGCUUCGCGUAGCUCGAGUUCAUCUGCUCUCACCAUUUCGUUCGACGUCACGUCGUUCACCACGGAUAACCAACAUCAACCAUGGCUUCCUUCGCCCCCGCCUCAGCUCCAGCCACAUCUGGCUUCGAAUUUGCUCAACGACAACAAGAACAGUGCUUAUUGCGAGGACUUUGUCCUUUAUCCGUCCGUGCCAGCUCCGUGUCCGCAGCCUCGACCGACGGAUUUGCGUGCUCCGCUGCCACAGAGUACAGCCCUUAGAUCAGCGGCCUACCAUCCCUCCCUGGUCCAAAAUCACCUCAGACGACGUGCUCUAGCUCGACAGAACCAUCUUCCACAGCAGUGUACCCCUUCGUCUGUCCAGUCACCACAGGUGACCAGGCUUGUCCCGCAGUCUACCGGUUUUUCCCUGUCGCCAUCUUCUCGGUUUAGUCCCUUUGGUCGAAAGCAAGUUCAGCGCUUCUACGCGACUUCUGCACCUUCGAAUUCACCACUCCGCAAUCGCCCCCCGGUUCCCUUUCUUCCUGGUGUCGCCUACUGUCCAAAUCAGAAUCAGCAACAGCAACAACAAGUUUACCACCCUCGCGUCAUGUCGACCCCCAACCUUGGUCAAGAUCUGGCUCUAUUCGAUUUUGGCAACACAUCUGACGAUAUAACGCUGGGUGUCAAGCCCACAAUGCUCUCUCCGAAGCAAUUACAAACCAACAGCAACAUGUCGGAUGACACAUUCGCGGGCCUGCCCUCAGGCACGGUCUCGCCCACCGACUUGAUGUUGGAUGCCUCCGCUCCUUCUUCCGCUACUUUCACAGACCUGAGCACGCCUCCAUUUGACUCCCCCGGUUACUUCAGCCACGAUCCAUCUCCUAUGCUCUCUGAUGAUUUCGGCAGCGAACAGUGGGAUUCGCUUUUCCCAGCUAACGAUCCUUUCUCGGCGGCUCUCGAUUCUGCUACCCUCGGGUUGGCAAGCGGUAUCACCCAGGCCAAGCCUGUGGCUCCUGCAUCUCCUCUGAUUCCAUCCACUGGGUCUCCUCCAUUAUCUCCAGCCCGCCGUCCCAGCUCAAAGAGUUCUUCUAUCUCGCGUAUUGCCGCACGUCAGAGGAAGCCUUUGCCUGUAAUCAAGUUUGAUGCCUCCGACCCCGUUGCCGCCAAGCGUGCCCGGAAUACGGAGGCUGCUCGGAAGUCGCGGGCUCGUAAGCUUGAACGACAGGAGGAGAUGGAGCGUCGCAUCGCCGAGCUCGAGAAGCUACUUGAGGAGUCUCAACAGCGCGAACGCUACUGGAGGGGUAUUGCUGAGAACAAUGCUUAA